UAGGAGUGUGUAUGUGAGCGUCUCUCCGUGUGUAGUUAGAGGGGUGUCCCUCCUCCGCAUUUUUUGCUGCUUGCCAUGCUUUAGACGCCGGAGCGCAGGGAGAGAGGCGAGAGUGAGAGAGGUAACGCCGGUCUCUCUCAACGGGCUACCUGUCUUUUCAGUCUUACCUCGGGUCCCCGUCGGUUCUUCCUCGUCUUUUUGAGCCCACCUUCCUGCGGUCGGCUUGUUUUUGUUGGUUAAAAGAGAGAGAGAGAGAGCGAGAGAGAGAGAGAGGGAGAGAGAGAAAACGGAUAUUUCUGUAGGGUUUCAUGCGGGUCUGGUCUGCCAGGAGGAGGACCGCGGUUCUGUUUUGCACUGGGUUUUGAUCAUCUUUUUUUCUUUUUUCUUUGGGUGCUCCAUUUGGACAGUAUAGGACAGCCGAGCAGAGCUUGGAUGAGCCGCUUCGCUAAAAUCCCGAGAUGGAGUUGCUGCUGAUCUGCCUUUCCCUGUGGAUAUUGCAAUGCAAUUCGGCCAAAGCGGACUCCAUCAUACAUAUCGGUGCCAUUUUCGAGGAAAACGCUGGAAGAGAUGACGAGAUUUUCCAACUUGCCAUCUCAGACCUGAGUCUGAACGAUGACAUUCUGCAGAGCGAGAAAAUCACCCACUCUGUGAAACUUAUCGAGCCAAACAACCCCUUCCAGGCGGUGCAGGAAGCAUGUGAGCUGAUGAACCAGGGGAUCCUCGCUCUGGUCACAUCGACGGGCUGCGCAGCCGCAAGUGCCCUUCAGUCUCUGACAGAUGCGAUGCACAUUCCCCACCUCUUCAUCCAGAGAAAUGGGGAUGGUGCGCCCCGCACUGCCUGUCAGCUUAACCCCAGCCCCGACGGAGAGAGCUACACUUUGGCUGCCCGUCCACCUGUGCGAAUAAACGACGUCCUGCUCACCCUCGUCUCAGAACUACACUGGCAGAAGUUCAUCAUCUUUUAUGAGAGCGACUACGACAUCCGUGGUUUGCAAACCUUUAUGGACCAGGCGUCUCGGAUGGGUCUGGAUGUUUCCUUGCAGAGGGUGGACCGCAACGUCAGCCGAGUCUUUACUGACCUCUUCAACACAAUGCGCACUGAGGAGCUCAACCGGUACCGGGACACUCUGCGUCGGGCCGUGCUGCUCAUGAGCCCUCGAGGUGCACAGGUGUUCAUCCACCAGGCUGUGGAAACCAACCUCGCGUCCAAGGACAGUCACUGGGUCUAUGCCAAUGAGGAGGUGAGCGAUGCAGACAUCAUGGAGCUGGUUUACAGCUCUCUGGGGCGGAUGACCAUCAUUCGUCAGAUCUUUCCAUUGUGGAGAGACACCAACGUUCGCUGUAUGAGGAACAAUCAUCGCAUCUCCUCGCUGCUCUGUGACCCACAGGAAGGCUAUCUGCAGUCCCUGGAGGUGUCCAAUCUCUACCUGUAUGACAGUGUGUUGAUGCUCGCCAACGCCUUCUACAGAAAACUGGAGGACAGAAAGUGGCAUAGUAUGGCCAGCCUUAACUGCAUGAGGAAGUCCACUAAGCCAUGGAAUGGAGGAUGGUCUAUGUUGGACACCAUCCAAAAGGGACGGAUCAGUGGGCUGACAGGAAUGAUGGACUUCCGCGCUGAAGGCUCUAAUUCCCACGUGCAGUUUGAGAUUCUUGGAACCAGCUACAGUGAGACAUUUGGGAAAGAUGUGAAACGGUUGGCAUCCUGGGACUCCUCUCGUGGUCUGAAUGGUAGCCUUAAGGAGAAUCGGAUAGAGAGCGGCAUGCAGGGAGUGACUCUGAAGAUUGUAACAUUACUGGAAGAGCCGUUUGUAAUGGUGGCAGAGAAUAUUCUGGGCCAACCCAAGAGAUACAAGGGUUUCUCCAUUGAUGUCCUGGAUGCCUUGGCCAAGAUCCUGGGCUUCAAGUAUGACAUCUACCAAGUCGGAGAUGGGAAAUACGGCUCAGCACUCCCUAAUGGAUCCUGGAAUGGCAUGAUUGGAGAACUCAUUGGCAAGCGAGCUGACUUGGCCGUCUCAGCCAUCACCAUCACCCCGGAGCGUGAGAGCGUGGUGGAUUUCAGCAAGCGCUACCUGGACUAUUCAGUGGGAAUCCUGAUGCGCAAGUCAGAGGAGAAGAUCAACAUUUUCUCUUUGCUGGCACCAUUUGACCUGGCAGUAUGGGCGUGCAUUGCUGCAGCCAUCCCUGUAGUGGGCAUCAUGAUCUUCCUGCUCAGGCGCAUCCAGGCGGUGCGCUGCCAGAACAAUGCAGGAGGCCAUCCGCAGCCUUCUGUCUCCACUUCGCUUCAGAGCGCCAUCUGGAUUGUCUACGGUGCUUUUGUGCAACAAGGCAGUGACUCCAUCCUGGGAUCAGUGGCUCUGCGUAUUGUCAUGGGCAGCUGGUGGCUGUUCACCCUCGUCGUCUGUUCGUCCUACACAGCAAACCUGGCGGCCUACCUUACCGUGUCACGCAUGGACAACGCUGUCAGGUCUUUCCAGGACCUGUCCAAGCAGGCAGACCUGGUUUACGGGACAGUAAGGGACUCGGCCGUAUACGAGUACUUCCAGGCCAAAGGGACGAACCCUCUGGAGCAGGACAGCACUUUUGCUGAGCUCUGGAAGACCAUCAACAAGAACAACGCCUUUGAGAACUCCGUCUCCAGCCCAUCAGAGGGAAUCAAGAGGGUAAAGCGAGAGUCGUAUGCCUUUUUGUGGGACAUGGCGGUGGUAGAGUACGCCGCUCUGACAGACGAUGACUGCACACUGACUGUUGCAGGAAAUGGCAUGAGCACCAGAGGCUAUGGCAUGGCCCUGCAACAUGGCAGUCCUUACAGAGACCUCUUCUCUCAGAAGAUAUUGGAGCUCCAGGAAAAGGGAGACCUUGACAUCCUGAAGCAGAAAUGGUGGCCGAAGAAAGGCCGCUGUGACCUGCAGAGCCACGCAGACGCCCAGCCGGAGGGACGGGCGCUGCGUCUCCACAGCUUUGCCGGCGUCUUCUGCAUCCUGGCUGCCGGGCUGCUGCUGGCCCUGCUGGUGGCAGCCCUGGAGACCUGGUGGAACAGCAACCACUGCCGGAGAGAGCAGCCCAAAGAGCAGGUGACUAAGGAUUACGGUCUGGAAAAGGUUUCUGGUCCAUUGACAUAUAAUGACAUAAGCGCUUCACCAGAAGGGAGGCGGCACAUAUGGACAGACAGAGAGAGGGACUGGGAGGAGGCCGAGGCUCUUGACACAGGACAAAGAGGUGAACCUGGAACAGGUCCACCAUCGUUUGAACAGCCUCCUGGACGAGGACUUGGCCCACAAGCAGCUACCAGGCCAGUCUAUCGAGAUCUCUGCCCUGGACAUUGGCAGCAUGCAGCCCAGCCAGUCCCUGGAGGCCUUGUCUGCUCGGGACUACCCAGCCCAUCGGGGGCCGCCACGGCUCUCUGUGACCACCUUCCUCCAGGAGGGUCAUGGGGCAGGAAGGACACUGGGCGCUGCCACUGGCAGGACCUUGCCCCUGCCCCUCAGCAGUGCCACCAUGCCCUCUAUCCGCUGCAAACACAGGGCGCCCAAUGGGGGGCUCUUCCGGCAGAGCCCCGUCAAGACACCCAUGCCAAUGUCCUACCAACCAGUGCCAGGAGGACCCAUCCCAGAAGCCAGUGAGCCCAGCCAUGGGACAUCCAUCUGAGCACAGCAAACAUUCACAGACACUCAAGCUCAAACAGAUAGUGGAGAGCUGAACAGAGUGCUAACAGAGUGAAGAGAUAUAAAUAAAACACUAAAAAAGGGUUUUUAUUACCAGUGAUGACGAGUCAGUGGGAGGACACGAGACGAGACACUGAGACUUCAAUGUACAUAUUUGUAAGUACAAAGAGAGAGAAAGCAACAUUAAAAAGAGUAUUUUGAAUAUUCUCAACAGUUGAGUUUAAAAAACAUAAAAGUAUUAAAAAAAUGACUGUUUGAAUGGCUUUGUAAAUUUUGUUCUAAAUCAAUAAAGGUGACAAUUCUUUGUGGUUGUUUUCUAAGUGCCAAGUUCAAAGAUGUUUUCUUUCAGAUCAACAUUAACUGAAUGUACUGUGAGAAUUCAUGCUAAAAAGACAUUUCACACUUCAAAAGAUAUUGGAAGAAUUGAUUUGUUUCAUAUGAAAAAAUAAAAAAGUAUAAUACAAAAACAUUGAGGCGUGUGCUUGGAAAAAUAUUUAGGCUAUCUGUGUUUUUAGUGUGUAUGUGUGACUCUGGGAUCGCUCUGAUAAAAUUGUGUUUUAAAGUAUAAUAGUAGGGAAGUGAAAGUCUGAAAUGUUUAU